AUAUAACAACAAAUGCAUGCAGAAAAUGGCUGGAGUACAGAUAAGAGACGAAUUUGGAAACCCAAUUCCACUAACUGAUGAACUCGGUAACCCAGUUAAGUUAACUGACGAACAUGGCAAUCCUAUCCACCUUACUGGUGUAGUAACCACCGCCCCCACCGCUACUCUUGAUAAUCCCACUAGAGGUUCCGGUACGGCCACCACUGCUCUUAAUAAUCCCACUGCAGGUUCUGGUUUUGGAACUUCUGGUACAGCCACCACUACUCUUGAUAAUCCCACUACAGGUUCUGGGGCCACCAGUACUCUUGAUAAUCCCACUACAGGUUCUGGUUUUGGAACUUACGGUACUGGUACUUACGGUGGUGGUGCAACUACACACACUAAAACAACAGUGGCAGAUCUAAUUUCCACCGAACCAGCCAGACAGAAGGUCCAUCACACUGAUCAGCCUGCAGGAAGAGGACUCCCUCGUUCCACCAGUUCAAGUUCAAGCUCUAGCUCUAGCUCAUCGGAGGAUGAUGGAGAAGGUGGGAGGAGGAAGAAGAAAGGAAUGAAAGAUAAGAUAAAGGAGAAGCUUCCAGGAGGAGGAGGAAGAAACAAGGACGAGCAUAAUUCAGAGACAACUACUAAUGUUCCGGCUGCUGGUGGUCACAACCCCCAGCCAACAGCAACGGCAACCCACCAUGCGGCUGAGGCAAGUCAUCAUGAGAAGAAGGGUAUACUUGAGAAGAUCAAAGAUAAAUUGCCUGGACACCACAACCAUUGAAGUUAUCUAUAUCUAUAUAUUUUCUGUGUGAGGGUUCUAUAUAUGUAAAUUAAUCUGGAUGAUCUAUUUAGUUAAUCUAGUUUGUGUGUAUUGUACUAAAUGACUAAUAUUGAGUAUUUUAAUUUAACCUUUUCAGAGGUUAUUAAUAAAUUGACUCAUUAUUAAUA